UUGUUUUAUUUUACUGUCUCUCUCUUUAUUCUCUUAUUUUUACCAUCGCAAAACAAAAUAAUGGCUUCACGUUUUCAUGAAUCCUUCACACGAGAUGCACUUCGCUCUUAUUUCGCAGAGUUUAUUUCCACUUUCUUCUAUGUCCUUAUUGUUAUUGCCUCUGGAAUGUCUUCAAGGAAGUUGAUGCCUGAUGCUUCAGUGAACCCAACAAGUUUGGUUGUUGGAGCAAUUGCAAAUGCUUUUGCUCUGUCCUCAGUUUUGUACAUUGCAUGGGACAUUUCAGGUGGACAUGUUAAUCCUGCUGUCACAUUUGCAAUGGCUGUUGGAGGACAUAUUAGUGUCCCAACUGCUCUCUUCUAUUGGAUUGCCCAACUUAUUGCCUCUGUUAUGGCUUGCUUUUUCCUCAGACUCUUUCUUGUUGGAAUGCAUGUGCCAACUUAUUCAAUUGCAGAAGAGAUGACAGGUUUUGGAGCAUCAAUAUUAGAGGGUAUAUUAACAUUUGUUUUGGUGUACACAAUAUAUGCUGCAAGGGACACUAGGCGUGGUGGUCAACAAUUGAGUUCAACACUUGUAAUUGGUUUAAUAUCAGGAGCAAGUGUUUUAGCAGCAGGUCCAUUCUCUGGUGGAUCAAUCAACCCUGCUUGUGCUUUUGGCUCUGCUUCCAUUGCUGGAACUUUUAGGAAUCAAGCUGUUUAUUGGGUUGGUCCUUUGAUUGGUGCUACUGUUGCUGGUCUUCUUUAUGAUAAUGUGUUGUUCCCUUCUCAGAGUUUAGAUUCAAUUAGAGGGGUUUCUGAAGUAAAUGUUAGGGUGUAAUGUAAUAGCUUAAGUUUUUACAUUGUUUGUUUGUAUUGUAGUUGUAGUAGUGACUUAAAACUAAUUGUAAGUUAUUGUUGUGUGUUACAAGUGUAUGAAUGUUCAUUAUUUGGCUUGUGUUGUGUUAUUAUUGAGGUUUAACAACUUCACUCAUUAGUGUGGCAAAAAAUUAUGUAGUCUUAUUGUCAUUACAAGUGUA